AUGAUUAAACAACAGCAACCACAGCAACUUAAGGCGCAAAACACCCAGGUCCUUCAGACCAUUACAUACGCCAUAUAUGCAUAUAAUUCAAAGACGGCAGAACAAACGCAAAGGUUGAAAUAUGGAGAUUUGGAGAUAGUAUUGAAAAAUGAACAUUUCGAAUUCGUUUGCAAAGGUGGUGCAGUGAUAUCAAAUAUAAAAGAAAUUUUAUUUAUGAAUUCUAAAAUUAAAGGUAUAACGGAUGAUAUAACAUCAAUUCCACCAGAAGAACAAAGAUAUUACGCAUUAAAUGCAUUUCCUAAAGUUUUGAAGAUUGGAAGAUUUAAUUUAAAUGAGGAAUUCAUAGAAGGUUUCCUAAAUGACAUAAUGAAGAAGGCAAAUUUGGUUUAUGUUGAUGAAAAAGAUAAUGAAAUUAAAGAAAAGGUUGAAUGGUAUCAUGAAUGGACAUUUGAGACUUUUAAAGUUAAAGCUGAUACAGAAUGGGUUUCGGGAUGUUUAGACCUUAAAGCAGAUAAAACUUAUGUUGAUGAAAAUUAUGCAAAGAAGUCGGAAGUAAAUGAUGUGAUUACAAGCAUGAAAAAUGAAAUACUUCAAACAUUAUAUCCUGUUGGUUCUAUUUAUACAUCAAUGAAUUCAACAAAUCCAGCAGCAGUUUUAGGUUUUGGUAUGUGGAAGCAGAUUGUAGAUAAAUUCUUAUACUGUGCUAGAUAUUCAAAGCAAACAGGAGGUUCAAAGAAAAUUAAAGAAGCAAACCUUCCACCGCACACUCAUACGGGAACUACAAACUUUUCUGGCGACCAUAGACACUCAUUAAGAGACCACCCAUUAUACAACUCAGAAUAUGAAGCUGGCUAUGAUGUUUUAUCUCCAGAUUAUAACCAUUCAGCAAAAAAGACUUUUCGACCAACUGAACCAGGAGGAAAUCAUGUCCAUACUUUCACAACAAAUCCAACAGGUUCGGGUAAAGAUUAUAUGCCACCAUUUGUGACUGUAUUCGCAUGGUACCGCGUUCAAUGA